AUGAGAUUUAAGGUUGCAAUCCCCGGGGCGCCGCCUACGGUGCCGUUGGCUCAGCCAGCGAGGGCGGAAGCAGAGCAGCCAACGCUGCCGCCUCAGGACCCGCCUCAGCCGGCCGCGAGAAGAGUCGCGAUUCCAGAGGCGCCAACUAUGACGCUAGGCACGGCGGCUGUGAACGCGCUCACGCCCGGCUUCAUGCGGGAAUCUGACAUGGUGGGAUCGACAGCGCGACUCGAAAGGGCCUUUAAGGAGUUCGUGCAGAAGGGGUCACUCAUCCCCCAUAUGGAGGCUUUGCUGAGAAAAAUUCCCCGGGACGCCAGGUCGUGGCACUCGAAGGCAAAGCAGCUGUUUGAAUCGUACAAGGAACUAGACCCCAAAGUUGCGCACUUAAUGGCGGCAGUAUACUUCUACGCCACGCAGCUUGACUUUGUCUCUCUUGACCUGGAGUAUAUGGCUGACGGGUUCGUCACGGACAUGAAACUGGCCAUCGAGGAAGCGGGGGAUAGCAGCAGCUGGACGGCUGAGACGGUGCGGCUCUUGGAGAAGAAGAUCAAGAAGGACUUCGAAGAAUAUCGGAAGGAGGCGCAGGGGCAGAUUGGCGAAGGGAAUGCAAGCCCCUGGUCCUGCGCGGCGAGAGAGGCAACGGUGGCAACUCGAGGAACAACUUCGGCGGCCCAAGCCGCGGGGGAGGAGGCGCCAACAAGAGGAAGGCGGACGACCGCUACUAUGACGACAGGGACGAGCGCGACAACCGCGCAUGCAGAGCAGAUCGUAGAAGGGUUUAGCGUGCCACGAAGGACGGACGCAGAUCCGCGCGCGCGUGCAGAAGGCGCCAUGGCGGAACGGCCGCGCCCGCCAGCUCCGGAAUUCGAACCAGACAAGCUGCAACCCGGCGAGUUGCCGGAAGAAUUCGAAACAGAUCUGACGUCAGACCCCCUCGUCCACAGCAAUCCGCCGCAGCUUGACUGCUGUACCCACGCCUUCUUCGCACGGCUGGAAGUCUGA